GGAGGCUCCCGAGUAGAGAGGAACCAGUCUCUGAAGCUCACCUGAGUUUCGCGUCUAACGGGGACAGCUACUUUUCCUUUGCUUUCCCGCAUUUGACUUCAUUAAUAACAGGAACGGCCGACAUUACUAUAAGAUUUAAAACAUCCGAGGACUGGAAAUCUGGAAAUGAAGAGAGAUUUUACGUUUUUCUGUCGGAUUUGGAUUGGGAUCGCUUGUUUUUCAGGUCUGGUGAUUGGAUAUUCUAUGACUCCACCCACCCUUGACAGUCCUAAAGACGACAUUGUGAUUCAUGCCAAUGACACAUUAACCAUUACAUGCAGGGGGCAGCGCAUUCUGGACUGGGCCUGGCCUGAGCAGACCCUCACCAAGCAGGAAGUGAAAGACCGGCAGGAGCAGCAGGAGCAGCCGCAGCUUGCAGAGACCCCAGGCCAGCGUGCCGUCUGGGUCAGGGAGUGCCAGGGGGAGCCUGGGAAGCCAUACUGCAAGACCCUGGUGCUGACCGGCGCCCGCGGCAAUGACACCGGCUACUACCGCUGCUUCUACCAGGACAUCAAGGCCAUCAUCGACGGCACCACCGCCGCCAGUGUCUAUGUAUUCGUCUGGGACGUCGAGCAGCCAUUUGUCAGGAAAAACGUCAAUGACCUGGAACCGAUCUUCAUCACAAAGUCAGCGACCCACAUAGAGGUGCCAUGUUCGGUGGCAGUGCCUGACUUGAAUGUCACCCUGUACUUGCUGGAGCCGAACCCUGUCCCCCUGGUAGACAGCGAGAUGACGUGGAGCAACAAGCGUGGCUGGUCCGUGCCCAGCAGAGUCAUCCACAGCAGGCCGUUUGUCAUUGGUUUAUACUGCAGCACCUUCCUCCUCAACAAAGAGUUCCGUUCCGCUCUGUACCUGAUCCACUAUUCAGGAAGAAAAGUUUAUGAUUUCAAGCUGCUUCCUGAGAAAUCGGUGGAACUCAUGGUGGGGGAGGUCCUCGUCCUGAACUGCACGGCAUUGGUGGAAUUCAACACGGGCGUGGACUUCCAGUGGAUGUACCAGGGCAGACAGAUAAACAGGACUGUGACCAUCCAGCACGAUCGCACCUUAUUGACACACGGCACCGAGGUGUCCAGUGUCCUCACAAUCCGUAACGUGAAUGUUACCGACACCGGCUCCUACACCUGCUUCGCCAACAGCGUGGAGAAGGCCCUGGAGCUCUCCACCCAGGUCAUAGUGCACGAAAAGCCCUUCAUCAGUUUGGAUUACAAAGACGGGCCAGUUGUGGAAGCUACCGCCGGUCAGAAGACGUUCAGACUCUCCGUCAAAGUGUCAGCGUACCCCUUGCCAGAAACACAAUGGUACAAAGAUGGAAGGCUUAUUAACAAGAGGCCGGAGUUCAAUCGGAUGAAGUACCAGCAUCAUGCUCUGGAGAUCAGGGAAGUGUGCCAGCAGGACGCCGGAAACUACACUAUCGUCCUGAAGAACAACGCCGCCCUGCUGGAGAGGAGGCUCAGUCUCAUCUUGGUUGUAAAUGUUCCCCCCCAGAUCCACGAGAAGGAGGCCGCGGCGCCCACCAACCCCUACAGGAGGGGGAGCCGGCAGACCCUCACAUGCACGGCUUACGGAGUCCCCGCCCCCUCCACCAUCACCUGGCAGUGGAGGCCCUGGGGCCCCUGCGGACUCAACAGCACCCGCCGCAGCCUGUCCCGCAGAGGUGCAUUAGGACGGCAACGCAGAGACCAGAUCCCAGAGUGUCAAAACUGGCAGGACAUGGACUCGGAUAACACGGUUAAUGCCAUCGAGAGCAUCGACACCUGGACAGAGAUGGUAGAUGGGCGAAAUAAGACGGUGAGCAAAGUGGUCAUUCAGAACGCCAGCGAGUCCGCCAUGUACAAGUGCUCAGCCUACAACAAAGUGGGAAAAGAUGAAAGACUUAUCUACUUCUAUGUGACUACUAUCCCAGAGGGCUUUGGGAUUGAGCUGCAGCCCACUGAGGAGCCACUGGAGCAGGACCUGGUUCGGCUGAAGUGCAGUGCGGACAACUACACCUACGAGAGCCUGCAGUGGUACCGGCUGGACCCGCGAGCCCUGCAGGACGAGGCCGGCAAGCCGCUGGUGCUGGACUGCAAGAGCGUCCACCUCUACGCCGACCGCCUGGACGGGGAGCUGUCCUUCGAGGCCGACAACAACAACUGGGUGCUGGAGCUCAGCAUCCCCAACAUUCAGCUCCAGAAUGAGGGGAACUACGUGUGUGAGGUUCAGAACCGCCGGACCGGGGAGAAGCACUGUCACCGCAAGUACAUCCCUGUCAGAGCCCUGGAGCCCCCGCGCUACCGGCACAACCCCACCAAUCAGACGGUGAACGUCAGCGAGUCCCUGCUGAUGAAGUGCGACGUGGAGGGCACGCCCACGCCCCAGCUCUCCUGGCUGAAGGACAACCAGCCCCUCCACCCCAUGUCUGGGAUCCUGCUGCAGGACUCCAAUCGGACACUCAGUAUCCAGCGGGUUCGGGAGGAGGACGCUGGUCUGUACACCUGCACCGCCUGCAACAGGAAGGGCUGCAUCCACAGCUCGGCAACCAUCUCCGUCGUGGGCUCAGAUGACAAGACCAACGUGGAAAUUGUGAUCCUCAUCGGCACCGGAGUCAUUGCCAUCUUCUUCUGGGUCCUCCUGAUCCUCAUCUUCUGCAACGUGAAACGGGUGAACCCAGCUGAUAUAAAAACAGGCUACCUGUCCAUCAUCAUGGACCCUGGAGAGGUGCCAUUAGAAGACCAGUGUGAAUACCUGCCCUACGACUCCAGCCAGUGGGAGAUUCCGCGGGAGAGACUGAGGCUCGGGAAGGUUCUGGGUCAUGGAGCUUUUGGGAAGGUGAUAGAAGCUUCUGCCGUUGGGAUCAGCAAGACCAACAGCCUGGACACCGUGGCAGUGAAGAUGCUGAAAGAGGGAGCCACGGCCAGCGAACACAAGGCCCUGAUGUCCGAGCUGAAGAUUCUCAUCCACAUCGGCCACCAUCUAAAUGUGGUCAACCUCCUUGGCGCCUGCACCAAACCUAGUGGCCCCUUAAUGGUGAUUGUGGAGUACUGCAAAUAUGGGAACCUCUCCAACUACCUGCGCGCCAAGAGGGAGUUCUUCCUGCCAUACCGAGAUCGUUCCCCCAAGACUCGGAAUCAGGUGCGGCGUAUGAUGGAGGCGGUGCUGGUGGACCAGCGAGGCCACGCCCCUCCGUCUCCCACGAUCGGCACCCCGACCCGCUCCAACAGCAAGCAGGACUCGGACGUCCCACCCGCGCCAGAGAAAGUGGAUGACCUGUGGAAGACCCCUCUAACUGUGGAGGACCUCAUCUGCUACAGCUUCCAGGUUGCCCGAGGCAUGGAGUUCCUGGCCUCUCGAAAGUGCAUCCACAGAGACCUGGCUGCCCGGAACAUACUCCUGUCUGAGAACAACGUGGUGAAGAUCUGUGACUUUGGCCUGGCACGAGACAUCUACAAGGACCCUGACUACGUGCGCAAAGGCAAUGCCCGUCUCCCCCUGAAGUGGAUGGCUCCAGAAAGCAUCUUUGACAAAGUGUACACCAGCCAGAGUGACGUCUGGUCCUUCGGAGUGCUGCUCUGGGAAAUCUUUUCACUGGGUGCGUCCCCCUAUCCAGGUGUUCAGAUCGACGAGGAGUUUUGCAAGAGGCUGAAAGAUGGCACACGUAUGCGAGCUCCAGAGAACGCCUCUCCUGGGAUAUACCGGAUCAUGCUGGCCUGCUGGCAGGGCGAGCCGAGGGAGAGGCCCACCUUCCCCGCCCUGGUGGAAAUUCUGGGGGACUUGCUACAGGACAAUGGUCUACCGGACGGAAAGGACUACAUCCCCCUGGAUGCAUCGCAGAGCUCAGAGGAUGACGGCUUCUCCCAGGCUUCAUCACGGCCACCAUCCCAGGAGGAGCUGAGGCUGGCCUGCAAUACCCUGCCCAUCAGAUACUACAACUGCGUGCCCUUCACUGGGUGUGUGACUGCCAGGCCCUCCAAAAUCUGCCACACGCGAGUCAAGACCUUUGAAGAGUAUCCCCUGGAAGUUACCUCCCACAAAGUGCAUCCUGACAAUCAGACAGACAGUGGGAUGGUCCUGGCUUCAGAGGAGUUUGAAAGAAUCGAACACAAACACAGAGGAGCUCUCUCUAGAAGUCAGCAGACGGGCAGGAGUACAGAUCGAGCCACAGGCGGUGUGGCUCAGACCAGCAGGCAUCGACCGCCCUUCCUGAGCCAGCUCUCAGGCCAGACCUUCUACAACAACGAGUACGGGCAGCUGUCCGAGGAGGGCGUGUGCGACUUCUUCUCCACGCCGGGCGAGGGAGUCUCGGACGGGGGCAGCCUGUAGACCGAGCCACGCCCCAGCAUAUUCACUGUCACUGCCACUGUCCCUCAUCCGGUAGGGCCCACAGCCCCACUACAGCACUGAACUGAGCUCUGUGUACAAAAAAAAGAAAAACAAUACUCUUUCCGGCCACUGGGUGGCACAGUUAUGUCAAAUCAAACCUUUAGCAUUUUAU